CCUGGGCUGGGCGGCCGCCUCAGCGCAGGAAUUUUGCUCUCUGCCUUUCGGUCCCCCAUGUGUCCACCUUGGGAACCACAGAGGGACCUGGGAGCUGCCACCCGCUGCCUAUGAGCGGGUGCUGGGGGUGCCACGGCCGCCCUGAGGACACAGCUGUCAUCCCCAAUGGGUCCCCAGGGCUGUGGCUGAUGUGUGGGGAAAACCCGGGGCACGGCACUUCCUGGAGUGGGGCCACGGUGGCUGCCACGCAGAGUGCCCUGCGGGGCCCCGGGGACCUCAGGGCAUGGGGCAGGCAGCACCCGAGAGGCUCUGAAAGGUCGAGCUGCUCCUUGUGUGUCCCGGUGAGCCUUGGUGGCUGAUCGGAGGGUGCUGAGCACCCCAAUGUUGGCAGGGGACAGGCAGUGUCCCCCUCUUUGGACGGCAGGGGACAGGUGGGCAAGGAGGACCCCGUGCACCAUCGCCUGUGGAUAACUGCAGCCAAUUGUCAUAGCACCGGGCUGCUCCAUGUCGAGGAGGCUGCGGAGGAGCAGGAGGGUGGUGCUGGAAAAGCCGUGGCAGAGCCUGGAGGAGAGAGGCAGCGCGCAGCAGGACCCGCACCCUGCACUCGCCAGAUCCAGAACCUACGACGCCUCCACCUGCACCGAGACCCCGGAGGCGUCAGGUCAGCCAGGAUCCCUAAACCCGCUCAGCAAGCACUGUGCUGCCUUCCAUAAAGCCUUUGAGGAGAUCGCAGGGCGCGAGGCUCUGCUGGCCUGCUUCUCCUGCGCCUGGCAGCGCGAGGUGCCCUACCACGGCCGCCUCUUUGUCUCCUCCGGGCACCUCUGCUUCCACGCCAGUGUGCUGCUCAGGGACAUCAAGGCUGUUGUCCCGGUGGCUUCUGUCUGUGCCCUCAAAAAGACCAACACGGCACUGCUGGUGCCCAACGCACUCAGCAUCCGCACGGAGCAGGGGGACAAGUUCCUCUUUGUGUCGCUGCGCCGGCGUGAGGCCACCUACCAGCUGCUGAAAUCGCUCUGCAGACACCUGCAGGACGACACCUGGAGCCCCCCGGCCUCUCCCCUCAACCACAGCACUGAGCAAAGCCCUAAGAAAUCCUUGACCUCGAGCCACUCAGAUUUGGAGCAGUGCACACCGGAGCCCGACGGUCUGGAGCUGCAGGAUGGGCCGAACCCGAUGCUGAACAGAGCAGAGGAGGAUGAGGAAAAAGAGGAGGAGACGGCAGAGGCCAGUCCAGUUCUGGGCAGAGGGCGACCCCGCACAGCACUGCCAGCCCGGAGCGCCGCACAGCUGGGUGCUUUCAACACCAUCAUCGUGUUCUACCUGCUGCUGAUGGUGGCUUUGUUGCUGACCUCGGGGUACAUCGGGCUGCGCAUCCUGGAGCUGGAGCAGCAGCUGGCGGCCAUGGGGGCUUGGCCAGAGCUCAGCCUGUUGCAGCGGCACAAGAAGACGUGAAGCCAACAGGGACCUGGCUGGCACCGGGCCACCAGCACAUGGGACCGGCUCUGGGACCCCCCAGAAGGUGGGGAGGAGGAGGGGGGGGUCCCCACGUACCUUCCAGCACCCCCAGGGAGCCCCCGCGGGCCGUAGGGCUCCAUCCUACCCCCUUCCCUCCGUGCUUCAGCCCCUGAGCUCAUUGUGUGAGCACUGAUCAGAGGGCAAAGCCAGAGCCAGGCCCCCGCCCUGGGAGGCAGCCACCCCCAGGGAUGCGGGCACAGCGGGGCCCGGUGGGCACAGGGAGACAGAACUGUUUUUAUUAAUAAAGAGCUGACGUGGUGCUA